AUGUCGACAGAAAGCGAUACCGACGAUGACAAUUUUGUUUUCGAGGAAACAAUAUGUGAACCUGGUCCUUCUACUAGUAAACGAGCUUCAACACAGUUUCUCACUAAAAAACUCGUAGCUGCAUUGGAUACAUGUAAGGUUAGUGAUAGAGACGCAACUCAUUUACUUAUGGCAACAGCUGAAGCGUUAGGUCAAAAUGUCGAAACCUAGAGGAAUGGUACAAAAAUAUCAACUAUCAAAAAGGUAUAUCUGUACUUAGUCAAGUUAAAGUUGUAAAUGAUGCAGCUGAGAGGGGAGUGAAAUUAAUAACUGAUUUCAAUGACAAAAUUACUAAAGACGAGGAACAAAAACAAUUUUUGAUGCAGACAGUUUACGACUACCGGUAUAAGUAUCCUGACGCAAAACGAAGUACACUUUCAAAACACAUUUGAAAAUUUAUAACAAUUUAAAAUUUUACAUUAUAAAUACUAAUUUAAAUAAUAUACUACUUAAGUUUUAAAAUUUUUCUCCUAGAUAUAUAUUUUUUAAAUAAAUUCAUUGUCUACAAAUAAUAUGAUGUACACUUUUUUCAUUAAUUAAAAUAAUUUUUGAGGUAUAUAAAAAAAACGAAAAUACACCCUCUUAAAAGAAAUUUCAACCCUCUUGAGGCACGUCUUAGGGUUGCACUAUCGUUAUAAAAUUACACAGAUAUUAUUUUUUUAUGGUUGAGUUUCAAAUUCGAAGGUGGCGCAGUUGAAAUGUUGAUCUUCAAUUUUAAGGACUACCCUAAUAUAUAUAUAUAUAAUUUAUAAUAUAAAUAUAUAUUGUAUAAUAAUUAUAAUAUAUAUAAUAAUGUAACUAUUAUUUAUAGAAGAGUGUCAUUUACAAAUGAGUAUCGUUCUAGAGGAUAUGCGUGGAAAAAGAAAGUUGCCUAAUACGGAUUUGUUGGCAAGUCCAGAAAAAAAAAAAGAAAUGAAGAUACAGUAUAAGCAAAUGCUUUUUCCCUUUUUAAUAAAACACUAAUCAUAGAUCUUUCAAACAAUGGAACACAUCACAAAAUAUUGCCCGACCCAAGCUGUCAAUAAACCAAUUUUUGACAUUCAUACCAUUUCGACUCUACAAACACUAACCGGAUUGAGAUCACGUGGUACUCUGCUAUAAAACGUUAUCCAACCACAAGUUUCUAUGAUACCAUAAGUUUUAACUAAUUAUGUUCACUUAUAAUUUUUCAUUUUAUUUAUGUUCCAUUUGCAUUAAUUUUUCUUUAAUAAUAUUUUUGAGUUGUCAUGCUUAGUUAAUACUAUACGAUAAUAGGAACAAUUAUUUGAUUUCAGGUGUAAUUGGCGAAAAGUGUUAUAUAUAUAUUUAAUUCUUGUAAUCAAAAUAUUUUAUCGCCCCUAAAAUAAAAAAAAAUAUGCAUGAUAUGUAGUUUUGAAUAUAAUUAUGUAACUGUUUAUUUUAUAGAAGAGAGUCAUUUACAAGUUGAUAUCGGUACAGAUGAUAUGCGUGAAAAAAUGGAGUUGUCUAAUACGGAUUUGUUGGCAAGUCCAGAAGAAGAAAGAAACGAAAGUAUAGUAUAA